GUCAGCAGCAGCUAGAGUCCUAGAAUUUCACCCUCAUCCGCCUGUAAUGUUUAAAGUAUCAUUUAAAGCGACACUUGACAUCAGUCCUCUCAUUCAUCACAUCCUGAACAACAUCGAGUGAUUUCAGAGUAUCUUCCUUGUCAUCAUCAUCUUCAUCAUGUCUGUGAAGUCGGAUGGAGCCCAGAAGAAAUGGGCAGCAGUCAGGGGUCGACUGGGGUCGUCUCAGGACUCUGACCCCUCGCUGGAGGCCAACCUAGAAAACGCAGACGCAGAGCUGUGCAUCCGUCUGCUGCAGGUGCCGACCGUCGUCAACUACUCCGGUCUGAAGAAGCGUCUGGAGAAGAGCGAUGAGGCUUGGAUGGUCCAGUUUCUGGAGCUGUCUGGACUCGAUCUGUUAUUGGAGGCUCUGGACCGUCUGUCCGGACGUGGCUGCUCGAGAAUCGCGGACGCGCUGCUGCAGCUGACGUGUGUUAACUGCGUGAAAGCGGUCAUGAACUCGUCUGCCGGGAUUCACUUCAUCGUCGACAAUGAGGGUUACGUGCGCAAGCUGUCACAAGCUUUGGACACGUCCAACACGAUGGUGAAGAAGCAGGUGUUUGAGCUGUUGGCGGCCCUCAGCAUGUUCUCUUCAGAGGGACACCGAUUGGCACUGGACGCCCUGGACCAUUACAAGUGUGUGAAGACGCAGCAGUAUCGAUUCAGUGUGAUUUUGAAUGAACUACAAGCAACAGAUAACGUGCCUUACAUGGUCACCCUCCUGAGCGUCAUCAACGCUCUCAUCUUCAGCACCGACGACCUGCGGCAAAGAGACAAGAUGCGCAAGGAGUUUAUUGGGUUACAACUGCUUCACCUGCUGCCAAAGCUAAGGGAAGAAGAUGAUGAAGACUUGAUGAUCCAGUGUGAGGCGUUUGAAGAGGCCAUGGCUGAAGAUGAGGAGGAGCUCUUGAGGGUUUAUGGAGGAAUUGACAUGAGCAACCAUCAGGAAGUCUUCACAUCACUGUUUAAUAAAGUGAGCAGUUUCCCCUCGUCCCUGCAGCUGUUGUCUAUUUUACAAGCGCUGCUGCUUCUGGGUCCAGAUCGAUCUGACGUUUGGCAGGCUUUGGAGGCGCUCACGAAUCGAGCCAUACUGAUCGCACAGAGCUCUGAGAUGGAGUACUGUGAGAAGAUUCUGCAGCGUCUCGUCUUCGCCAAAGAACCAUCCAAAGGUUCCUGUGAUUUUGUUGGCCAUCUGCUCAGAAGAAAGCAUCAAGCCGUUCAGACCGAGGCGAAAGAUGAGAAACUGGAGUCUUCUUGCAGAUCAACCAAUCAGGCACCAUUGAGUAAUUCCACAAAGACGUCAUCCACUCCUCUACCACCACCACCACCACCACCUCCUUUGCCGAGUAUGGUUUCUCCUCUCCUCAAAGCAGGAGCUGGACCACCUCCUUUACCAGGAGCAGGGAUGCCUCUGCCGCCUCCUCCUCCUCCUCCUCCUCCUCUUCCAGGGAUGAGUUUUGGAGUUCCACCACCACAUCCUCUGCCAGGAAUGGGGCCGCCUCCUCCUCCUCCUCUUCCAGGGAUGAGUUUUGGAGUUCCACCACCACCACCACCUCUGCCAGGAAUGGGGCCUCCUCCUCCUCCACCUCCUCCAGGUUUUGGUCCCCACUGCCCUCCUCCUCCUCCAGGUAUGGGUGAUGUGAUAGCGGCCAGGAACUUCCAGGCUCUCGGGCAAUCUUUCUCCAUGCCUGUGAAGACCGGCCCUCAGCCCACCCUCAGGAUGAAGAAACUCAACUGGCAGAAACUGAACUCCAGAGCAGUUACUGAUGGUUCUUCGAUGUGGGCUUCAGUUCCAGCUGAUUCCCCGUUGGAGCUGAAUUACAGCAGCAUCGAGCAGCUCUUCUCUCUGCCAGUGGCUGAAUCUAAAGACAAAACCCCGACUGCACCUGUCAAGAAAGAGCCAAAAGAGAUUUCAUUUAUUGAUCCCAAGAAGAAUCUGAAUCUGAACAUAUUUCUGAAGCAGUUUAAAUGUUCCAAUGAAGACUUUGUGGCAAUGAUACAGAAAGGUGAUUGUACCAAAUUUGACAUAGAGGCCCUAAAACAACUUCUGAAGCUACUCCCAGAAAAACACGAGAUGGACAACUUAAAGUCCUUUCAAGGAGAUCCAGGGAAACUGGCCAGCGUUGACCGCUUUUACCUCUUUCUUCUGGCUGUUCCAUGUUAUCAGUUGAGGAUUGAGUGCAUGUUGCUGUGUGAGGAGACGCUGUCGGUUCUCGAUAUUCUGAAGCCCAAAGUAGAUCUGGUGGAGUCAGCCUGUGAGAGUCUCAGGAAAAGUUCUCUGCUGCCCAGUUUCUGCAAGCUCAUUCUUGAUGUUGGAAACUUUCUCAACUAUGGAAGUCACACAGGAAAUGCUGAGGGAUUCAAGAUUAGUUCCCUGUUGAAACUCACUGAAACUAAAGCAAACAAGAGUCGCAUCACCCUCCUUCAUCACAUCCUGGAGGAAGCUGAAUUAAAUCACCCAGAGCUGCUGAACCUUCCAGAAGAUAUUGAGGCGUGUGAGAAAGCAGCCGGCAUAAAUCUGGAAUCAAUUCAGUCAGAAACAAAUGCUCUUCUGAAGAGAUUAAAAGAUGCAGAGAAGAAAGUGUCUUCAUCGGUUGAAGAUGUGAAAGAGCAGUUUUCAGGGGUCAUUGAGAAGAACGUGAUGUUGUGUAAAGCUCUGGAGGAGCGUUUCUCAAACGUUGAGAGCCAUAAGGAUGAUCUGGCUCAGUAUCUGUGUGAAGAUGUUUCUCAGCUCUCACUGGACGAACUCUUCAGCACCUUCAAGACCUUCCGUGAACUCUUCCUGAAAGCCUUAAAGGAAAACAAGAUCCGUAAAGAACAAGCUGCUAAAGCUGAGAAGAGGAAACAGCAGCUCGCAGAGGAAGACUCCAAACGACAGAAAGGAGAAGGUGGAAAGAUUAUCCGAAGAGGACCAGUGCCACAGGAGGAUGGUUGCAUCGUUGACCAACUCUUGGCGGAUAUUCGAAAGGGUUUCAGUCUGAGAAAGACUCGUCCCAGGUGCGAAACGGAAAGUGACCCUUCUAGUGAAAUACAUAGGGAAACGGGACAGCCCGCAAGUGUCAGGUCUGUAGAAGAAGUUGGAUCGUCUGCAGGCGUAACAUCUCGACCAGCCCUGGACUCUACUCCAGAAGAUCCAGUCAAAGAUUCUGGCACAAAUCCUAGAGGUAAAGCAACCUCUUUGGGUGACUGUGACGCAAACACCAGCCCUCAAGAUGCGAAGGAGCCUCUGUCAAAUUUGUCUACGGAAACAACCACCACCGCCAUCGAACCACCACAGAACCCCUCGGUGAGCUCCACGUCCAUGGAGAACUCUUCAUUAGAUCCACCAGCUCAGGAACUAACUGCAGUAGAUCAGUCUGAUGCACCGCCCAGCUGCCUUACACCAAACAAUACAGGUCGAGAACAAAACCAGAAUCAGAACAACAUCAAUCCUGUGGCCGAUGAUUUGACUCGUUCCACCCCAGUACAGAAAACUGACCCUUUAAAGUCUGCUUGUAUUGACUCAAACAUAAAUGGUGCUUGUGCAAAUACUGGCAUGUUGAAGACAAGUCGAGACUGUUUUGAUGACCCGCUUCAGUCGAGUAAUUUGUGCGCAGAUGGAAAUGUUAACGAGUUGUCAAGAGUCAGUGUUGUGACGCGGGAGGCACCUGAUGAACUAGAUGGAGUGAGUUCACAAGCCCCGCCCAAUCCUGCUGUAGGCCCCGCCUCUCUGAAAUCCGAGAAUAAAAAACAUUUCUUCCAAAGAAACAAAAAAAGCAUUAAAGAAGUCAAGGGUAACGGGGGGAACAGACGCUCUAAAAAGGCAUGUGUGUUGCAGUAAGGAAACUCCAGGAAAAGGAGAACAAAAGGAAGAAGGAAGAGUUGAGCGCAGUCUUCUUCUGAUCCUGUAUUCCAUCGGCUUUCCUUCAGUACUCUCAGGAUAUACGGACUGACCCCAGAUCAGCAGCACACACAAAACUACUGUUACAUCAGAAGACCUGUUUAUGGUGCACUUUGACCAAAUACACAUUGUGCAUUUGAGUUUGGUUUAAAAAAAUAUAUAUGUAUUUUUAAAUGCUAAAUCUAUGGCCAAACUAUAUUUUAAAUAUAUGAUGCACCAACAAAAUUUGCAUUCAAGAAUGUUUAAAAUUUUGAGUUAUAUGUAGAGAAGAGAGACUUUUGGAUGGUAAUUGUGUGUUUCUCAAAACCUUUAAGAUUCUUUACUCUUUCUGAAACCUUUAAAAUGCUUAACUUGCUGUUAACUAUUAAUAUUGCUCUGAAUGUUAACUUUAUAUAGGCUAUCAUAAGAUUCAUCAUGAAAAGUAUUAGUUCAUUCUUAUAAUAUCAGUUCUAGUAUUAUUGUAGAGAAGAUAUCUUGCGCUUACAUUUAAAGUGGACUAUGACUUCAGUAUCUUUAUUUCAUUGUGUCUUUAAUAUUGAUUGUCAGUAUUUGUCAUGCAUAUCAAGAAUAUGAGGAUAAAGAAAUAUAUCUAUAUAAUAAAAUGCACAAUCAGUGUUUGUUUA